UGGUGUCCUCCUAGUGUAGGGGAAGCUACCCACAAGUAUUCUGCCCCACCUGCCGGAGUUGUCCUCAGUGUCGUCUGAUGCAGUAUGGCGACCAUCGUGAGGACUCUGAAGACUGUGACGCCGCAUAUCCCGCUUAUUAAAUUUCCUCUAAGAAGCCCAGGAACACUAUCAACAUCAGAUCUACAAAGAGGAGAUGUGGCUGCAUCUACUGCAACAGCACCACAGGCACCCAAAGCUGUGGGUACAACUUCCAGAGGCAGUGGCAUUGAUUUUACAGAACUGCCUGCCAAGUAUAGACGACGUAUGAUCGAGAAAGAUGAAAUGGAAUAUAUUGAGAGAGGAGGGCCAGCAUAAUGUAGAUCUGUGUGUAGCGGUGAGAGUGUGUUUCAUGUACAUUGGAAUCUCCUUUGUGAAUAAAGACCUGGAUAGUACACUACCAGAACUUCACCAUUUCCAGCUGUGAUGAGGACCAGGCCAACAUAAAUAAUCCCAUAUUCCUAAGCAUGUCUUUGUGCUUGCUUUAAGGCUACCAAAACAAAAUGAUAGACUCAAAGAGCAUGCUCUGUUUUGCAUACUAUCCCUGUCCUCUAAUCAUCUCCUACAAAGCUUAAAUGUUUACAUCUAGAAAACAAGGAGCUGUGUGCCUCGUUUACAAAGUGUCUUGAAUGCUUGUGGUCUGGUUUUUCAAUGUUGCCUGGAGUUUUCUUUCUUGAGGUCAAAUGCCCAAUGUUUUGCCAGUCACAAUGUUGAUGAUUUUGUUAGUUUAACCUAAAACGUAUAUUAAAGUAGAUACUAGUUAUACUUUACUGCUGGAGAAAUUCAGGAGGCUUGAGAAAGAUUUUUCUCAGAGCUUUUUGGCACGUUACAUACUUUUUAAGUCUAAUGUUUAUGUUGGUGUAUGAACCAAAGCAGCUGCAUUUUGCAUCAGUGCUUUCAAGUGUUGUUUUUUUUAAUGUUUUGUAAAUAGCAUGCAAUAUGAAUAAAAUCUACUAGGCAUUUCUAAAAAAAUGUGACUUUUUA